ACUUUGAUGAAGAAUAGAAGCCUGAAAAAUGCAUGCCUGGAUCACAGUUACUUUGGAGAUUGUGUAAUGAAGCUCUUGUGUGAAGCCUUGGUAAAUCAGAAUUGUAAACUACAUACUCAGCAAUGAGAGUUUGAAAAUCCUUCACUUGAAGGAUAUUUUAUUUAAGGAUGAUGGGAAGAAGUUGCCAUUUGAGGUCUUGAGAAAAAAGAACUGUCAGCUUGAGACACUAAGUCCCACUUAGUUGGAGGUCGGGCAGCAAAGGGGGCUGUUAUGGCCGAGGGUGUCCGCUGCCAACUGGUUAGGCACUUGGAGCACCUGACAUCAGAGGAGCUGAAGAAAUUCAAGCUGUACCUAGUGGACCAUCUCCCCCGGGGCUGCCUGGAGGGGGCCGAUCUCACAAAAGUGGCCGAUCUCCUGGUCAGUUCUCUUGGGCAGCAGGAGGCCUGGGAGACUGCUCUAAGCACCUGGGAGAAGAUGGGCCAGAGGGAGUUGUGGGAGCGAGCCAGGAAGGAGGAUCUCGGAUUAGUUCCUGAUCCAAUUCUUCCAGCCUCCUCAGAUGAAAGAAAUAAGUACCAAGAACGAAUGAGAAAGAAAUUCCAACUCAUGAGGGACAGGAACUCUCGUCCUGGGGAGCAUGAACUCUUUCACCACCGAUUCACGCAGCUGCUGCUUGUUCCAGAGUAUCGUUGCAAGGAGCAAAAACAACGUGAACUCCUGGUCCAAAGAUACGAACAUGCUAAGAUCAUGGAGGAGCGAGGACAGAUUAUAGAGGUGUCAGCUUUAUUUGAUCCUGAUAAAAAAACAGGGACCAUACCACACACUGUUGUGCUGCAGGGAGGUGCUGGUAUUGGGAAGACCACGCUGGCCAUCAAAGUGAUAUUGGAGUGGGCAGAGGGAAAACUCUACCAGGACAGGUUCGACUAUGUUUUCUAUCUCACUUGCAGAGAAUUGAACCAUUUAGGAGAGAGAGAAUUCAGUUUUGCUUAUUUAAUUGCCAAUGACUGGCCUGGCCCAUAUGCUCCCAUGACGGAGAUCUUGUCCCAACCAGAGAGACUUCUGUUCAUCAUUGAUGGUUUAGAUGAACUGAAAUUCCCUUGUGAUGAGCACAGAUAUGAUCUGUGUAAAGAUUGGAAGCAGCAGAGGCCAGUACCCAUCCUGCUGAGCAGUUUACUAAGGAAAACCAUGCUCCCUGAAGCCUCCUUGCUGCUCACUGCAAGACUCACUGCUCUGGGGAAAUUUAUUCCUUUGUUAGAGAACCCACGUCAUGUGGAGAUCCUGGGCUUCUCUGCAGAGCAUAGGAAGGAGUAUUUCUGCAAAUUUUUCAGGAAUAAGAAUUUGGGUAAAAGAGCCUUUAGUUUACUAAAAGGCAAUGGUGCACUGUUCACCAUGUGCUCUGUUCCUCUGAUGGACUGGAUUGUCUGCACUUGCCUGAAACAACAGAUGGAGAAAGGACGAGGUCUCAUUCAGGCUUUGAAAACUACUACUGCCCUAUAUGUGUGUUAUAUCAGUUUAAUCACACCUAAUGACAAGAACUUCAUAUCUCAGCAUUUGAGGGGCCUUUGUCGAUUGGCUGCUGAGGGGUUCUGGGGGAGGAAAAUGCUGUUUGAGGAGGAGGACCUGAGGAGGCAUAACUUAGAGGCAGCUGAUGUCUCUGCCUUCUUAGACAUGAACAUUUUUCAGAAAGACAUUGACCGUGAAAACUACUACAGCUUCAUUCACUUAAGUUUCCAUGAGUUUUUUGCUGCCAUGUUCUAUGUGAUGAACACAGAAAAAGAAGGGGAAAAGAACCCCGACUCCUCCAUUCCAGAUGUCAAAAAACUUCUGGAGAAGUGUAGCCGCUAUGAAGCCAGACAUGUGAUUCUGGCACUACGCUUCCUGUUUGGCUUCCUAAAUGCAGAGACAGCAAAGAAGCUGGAGAGAAAGUUCAGAUGUAGAAUGUCACAGGAAAUCAAGUCACGAUUACUGCAGUGGAUUGAAAGAGAAACCAAAAGAGAUAUUGAACAACCCUGGUUUUCCACUUCUAAUGUACCAAAAUGGCAUUCUCUUUUAUAUGAGAUUCAAAAUGCCGAGUUUGUAACACAGAUGCUAGUUAACAUCCAAGAAAUCACAGUAAAUAUUCACUACCCCUAUGAAGCCCUGAGUGCAAUUUACUGCAUGAAGCGUUGUCCUGGGGCACAGAGACUUUCCAUUUCUUAUAGAUCUGAUUUACCUGCUUCUGUAUGGGAAGAUCUCUUCUCUGUGGUCAGCAAGAAUCAGAACCUGAAAGAGCUCAAGAUGUCCUCAUUUAAAUUUUCUGAUUCAUGUAUGGCAAAGCUUUGUGUGCUACUAAAAGAUCCAACCUGUAAACUGGAAAAACUGACGUUGGAAGGCUGCAAGGUAACUUAUUCGUUUUGUCGGUACCUUUUCUCUGCUUCCUGUCUGAAAAGCCUGCACUUCAGUAAUAUUUCCUUUGUGGAUGAUGGCAGGAAGCUGUCAUCUAAGACCUUGGGGCAAGGGAACUGUCAACUACAGACACUAAGUUUUAUGUUUUGUAGGCUUACCCAUAGAUGUUACCAGAAUGUCUUCUCUGCUCUCAGUAGCAAUAAGAGCCUGAAAAACCUAGAUCUGAGUGGAAAUUCCUUUGAGGAGGGAGGAAUAAAACUUCUGUGCAAGGUCUUGGAAAAUCAAAACUGCAAGUUAGAGACACUGAGGUUGACACAUUGCAAACUCUCUUCUGCUUGUUGUCAGGAUCUCUUCACCACUCUCACGAAGAAUGAGAGCCUGAAAGAAUUGUACCUGAGUCAUAAUUACUUUGGAAAGUAUGCAAUGAAACACUUGUGUGAAGCCUUGGGAAAUCACAAUUGUAAACUACACACAGUGAGGUUGAUCCAAUGUAAUCUCACUGCUACUGGUGUUCAGGAUCUCCUCCCUGUUAUGUGUAGCAAUGAGAACCUAAAGAUGUUGGACCUGAGUUCUAAUUUUUUUCGUGAUGAAGGAAUGAAGCUGCUGUGUGAGGCCUUGGAAAAGCAGACUGUUAAACUACAAACACUAAACUUCUGGCAAGACUACUUAAGUGAAGAAUCAGAGAGAGCAUUGACUAGCCUACAAGCAAGAACAUCUUUUCACAUCACUUGGGAAGAAUAUCAUAAAGCAGAAUUCUUUGACUGGGAUGCUGAAGACACGGUCUAGCCCUGGCUCUUUUCUCUGACUAAGUGACUUUGAAUAAGUCACUUUAGCUUUGCAAGCUUCCAUUUUUUUAUCCAUAAUAUAAGAUCAUUGAACUUGGUGCUCUCUCAGGAAGUCCGACUGUCUAGGCAUGGGCUGCCUGGAAUUAGAAAUCUCCUGCACUGCAGAGCCCUCCCUAUUGCCAUUAAUAUUGAGAAAGUCUCUUCCACUCACCUUUCCCUAGUUGGAUAAGGAAGAAACACAAAGGACUACUUCUGCUACUGAAGACUUAAUAAAAACCACCAUUCCAAGCCACAGGUUGCCUGAGAUUAGAGGCCUCCACUGCAGGGGCUCUGGAGCACUAUCCCUAAGAACCUUCCUGCCUUUACUCUGAUCUAUAUAAUAUUCUGAUCAAUAGGUGCCCCUCUUGUCCUGUGGCAGCACAUUCCUACCUCCCACUCCCUUUAUCCCUAUUGUUCAGAUUCCUUUUGCUGAUUUGGAAUGCCCCUCCCCAGUGGAGACUUUAUUCUCAGCCCUCCUUCCCAUCCUAGCCCUGCCCCCACUCAAGUCUACCUCUGUCCUCCACUUUAUACAUCACCCUCUGAAACUUAUUGUUGCCAAAUUUCUCUUUGUCUUCAAUAUCUUCCUUUUAGGGAAUUAGGCAGUUUGGAUAGGCUGUAACCUCUGUAGUACCCGGCCAAUGGGGAAACGGACUUGUGUUUUGGGACAGGGAAUAAAAGGCUAUGCUUAGGGUGUGGCUACUUGUUGUACACCCGAUCUUGAGAGACCCCAAAUAAACUAGCUUCAGCAGUAUGUCGUUUGAGUUCUUGAUAAGAUGCGUUGUCUCUUACACAGGAAUACCAAAAAUGAUGUGGUUUCUUGGAUUGCUGUGGUGGGACCAUCUCAAAGAAUUCAAACACUACCUCCAGUCCAAGUGACAGUGUUUAUUGGGAAUGACAUCUCUAAUGGGUUGAGUUCCAAGAGGAACCAGCAACUUAGUAUGACAAGACAGGCAAUUUUAUAGUAAAAUGAUGCUGAUUAUAAAACAGAAAUUAUGAAAAUUAAAAUGGCAGGGAGGGGUUUG